CCAUUGGCGGGGAGGCUGCUCGCCCCGGCCCAGCCCCGACGACGCGGCGGGUCCCCGGAGCGCCCCCUCCUCCGCGCCGCCUCGCCGUGCGCCUUGCUGAUGCGUCUACCUAACAAGGGUGACAUGUCAUCUUGGCUCUCACUGGCUGUUCCAUCACCAGUCAAGGAUUAAAGCAUGUGAUCAGGAGCACCAUGGAGGGUGCAGAUUAUCAAUUGCCUUCUGCCAACUCAGCCAGUGUUGCCCUUCCUUCUCCUUCCUCGUCUUCCAGUGAUGAAGCUGACAUUAUGGCUUUCAAUGGGGAGCUGGACUUACAACAUUACUCUAAUGGGCCAGUGGGGGCAGGAGGGGAGGCUCGCCCUUAUCCGUGUCCUAUCUGUGGCAAGCGUUUUCGCUUCAACAGCAUCCUGGCAUUGCACACCCGUAUCCACACCAGCUCCUAUCCACUCACUUGUCCCUACUGUGGCCACCAGGCAGGGCAGCGUGCCAGCUUACGUCUUCAUUUGCGCUCCCAUUGUCCUGAGGCCCAAACCCGGCUCAGUCACCAGAGCCGCCUGCUGCUUGAAUUGGAAGAGCGGGCACUUCUGCGGGGUCAAGAAGAGGAAAAGGAGGAGGAGGAAGAAGAAAUGACUGCUCCUGUUCCACCCCAACCUCUACCCACCUUCCGCUGCUCUUUCUGCAAGGGCAAGUUUCGCACUGCAGGGGAACGUGAGCGCCACCUUCGCAUCCUCCAUCAGCCGUACAAGUGUGGACAGUGUUCUUUUGCUGCCACACAGGAGUCAGAACUUCAGUGGCACAACCAACAGGCUCAUAACGCCCCAGCAGCCUGGACACCCACCCCUCCUGCCCCUGUGCCCACCACUACAGCUCCACCCACCCCUCCUGCUUCCACACCCACCCCUUCGUCCUCUGCCUCCACCCCUACGGAGUUCCGCUGCCAGGUCUGUGGUCAAGCCUUCACCCAGUCCUGGUUCCUUAAGGGUCACAUGCGGAAGCACAAAGACUCCUUUGACCAUAAGUGCCAGGUGUGUGGGCGUGGCUUCAAGGAACCAUGGUUCCUGAAAAACCACAUGAAGGUUCAUCUCAGCAAGCUGGGCCUCCAGAGUGAACAAAGAGGACCAGGACCAGGACGGUCAGCACAGAGUUUACUCGUGGGUUGUGAGGCCCUGUAUCCAUCUCUCCUCUCUCCACGGCCGACAGAUAAAGCCAGUACGGGCACUUUCCUGGGUUACAGUGACGCGAGCUGUGCUGAACGACUGCAGGCCACAGCUCGUGCCGUGGAGAGUAGUCAGCAAUGGCGGGAACGUUCUUAUGUAGUAGGGUCCAAGCUUGUGAGAGAAGACUCAGGAGGGACCCAUCGCUGCCCAGACUGUAACCGGACCUUUGGUACAUUCCAGCAGAUGGCUUUGCACCGGCAAAGCCACCUAUCCCGUGAGAGAGAAUGGAACAAGGGACAAUCACUGGGUUCUCACCUUCUCAGUGGACACUGGCUUCCAACAAAUGUGAGAGCUUCUGCUGCAGCCAACACCAGCUCAGCUCUGCUGACCCAGAAGGAAAAAGAAAUACAGAAUCAGUCACGCUUGGAUGGAUCCCGACGAAGCACUGGGAAAGAUUGUCCAUUCUGUGGAAAGUCCUUCAGAUCUUCCCACCAUCUCAAAGUUCACCUCCGUGUCCACACAGGUGAGCGCCCAUACAAGUGCCCUCACUGUGACUAUGCUGGCACUCAGUCUGGCUCGCUCAAAUAUCACCUGCAGCGCCACCACCGGGAGCAAAAGAAUGCUGCUGCAGCUGCUGCAGCAGCUGUAGCAACAAUGGAACAGUGCCACAUGCCCCUGGCCCCUACUGCAGUCCCUGCCUUUCCCCCUACACCGCUCACCAAGAGCCAUGGGUCCUUCCUUCCUCUAGGUGGCGUGGGGGCAGCUCGAUCCCGCCAAUCCCGUCGCAAGUCACUGCUAAACGGGAAGGCUGAUUUCCAGCCAUUGGAUCUUUCUCUACGUCCAGCCCUGGCAGGAGGAGCACUCCACCGUUGCCAGUUUUGCCCCUUUGCCACCUCAGCUCCUGAGCUUAUGGAGUUACACCUUCAAGUCCAUCACAGCAGGAAAGCUCGUACCCGUCGCUGCUCUCACACAGCUCCUAAAGCCCAGUUGAUGUUGGAGGAAGAAAUGGUUGAGCUGAAAGAACCAGAAUCCCCAAGCCCAAAGGGGGAAAUUUCCAAGACACAGAGUUUCUGGUCCUCCGAAGAUCAGGAAGACUCUCGCCGUCUCAUAGUGCCUCAGGGGAAAUCAAGUUCUGAGGGAGCAAUAAUUGCCAGCCUUUCUUCUGAAGCUGCACUGAAUCAGCAAGAAUGGGAGAACCUAUCACAAGACUCUGAGGAGCCAAAGCCUGAGAAGGAAUUGUCUGGCCCACUGGCCCCAAAAGGACCACAUCAGGAGGCUUCAAAGACAGGCCAAGGCCUCAUGGAAUUACAGCUGGAGCCGCAGCAAGACAAACAUAGCAAGAUACAGGGAUUACCUGCCAAGCAGCUAAAUAACAGCACAAGAACUCCAGGAGGAAAAAAAAGACAAAACUACAACACAACCAAGUACUGACCCUGGAAGGUAAAAGCUGUAGCUGCAGUGGAGCACUGGUUAAGGGCCAGGGAAAGCAUGGCAUUCAUGCCAAGAGUUGAUGGGGAAAAUUGCAGUUCGACUGAAUGGGAUUAUAAUCCUCUGCACGAUCAAGAAAGCUGUUUGCUGGGGGCUCCCAAUUGCAAAAGAAAAUACUCCAAUGAACACCCUGCAGAAACUCCCCGUCAACACGAAGAAGACACAUUUAAAGGAUAUGCUGCUGGUACUGGUGUUCCUGUCUCCUCUCCAUGCACUGGAUAUUUGAAAGGGCUGCUGUAGCAGUUCUAUUUAGUCAAACAGGGUUUGGAGGUGAUUAUCACUGGGGUGUAUUAGAAUUCAACCCCUUGUUUUCUCCUCAGUUCUGAGCUUGAUGCUGCUUCUUUUAGGUGCCACUGUCUGAGGACCUGGCCCCUUGGGGAAUCCUACUGUUGGGAUGUGGAGGGUUGCUGGGCUUCAUGGGGACAAGACUCCUGUAGUAGUUCUUGGAAGUUUUUCUUUUCUUUUUUUAAGGGGAGCAUUUCUGCACUUGUAUCUUUUCUCACCAUAGUGUUCAUGUGGUGGGAGAAGCUGAGCUUGUCCAAAUUCUCUAUUCUCCAAUUAUUCAUAACCCAGGAGCCCUGUCCCCAUUACCCUGCCAUAUCUCCUAGAGACAGGACAGGCUUCACCAACCAUUCUUGGCCCAAGGGGAUUUCAAGCACCUGGUAUGCGGCUUUGUCUCAUCAAAUCCAGGUGUUUCAGCCUCUCAUGUUCCCGUAGCAAGGUACCUGAUGCCAGUAUCUUAUCUCCGUAGCGACCCAGCAACAGAGCUGUGUUUCUGUAGUGACCUGGCACAUCAGGGUACUUGACAACUUCUAGAGUUUUCUAUUUUUUUAUUGUUUUCUUGUAGAAAAUUUGAAACUGGAAAUAAAAAUUACAUUGAAAAAUUA